CGUUUCCUCUUCCCCAGAAACCAUCAUUGCUAAUUAUAAUGUCUGCCAGGUGUCAUUUUUCUAGUGGUCCUCCGGGGCAGCAUGUUGCCUUUAUAAACCGAGGUCCCCCCCCCCCCCCGUAUUUAUCACUUGCAUUUCAUUUCUUAAAAAACUGCCCGGUCGAACAAGCUUUUACCAGUCCUCCGAGUCCCAAGUAAGUCCUUUUUCCUUUUUUUGCCCUUAGCUUCCACCAUGUCUGAGAACGAGGAUAGCCAGAACGCUUCUGUUCAUUCUUACGGUUUUGGCACCCGGUCCCAUGCCUCUGGUUCCCAGUCUUCAUCUUCCCGUUCUGAGUCAAGCGAGCGCCCAGCUUCUCCUAAACAAGUGAAGCUGGUAGAUGCUGCCACUUCCGCCCCCUUCUUCUUCUGUGAUCCAGAAGUUGUGGCAGUGAACUGGGGAUUGCAGCGGCACAAGAAUCCCGCAAGGGCAAAGGCGACUGCUAGAAUAUGUGAGCGGCGGAAUCUGCCGGUCAAACCUGGCCCCUCCGAUGACCUGGCCAGAUGGGAAGCCUCACUCCGAGCCAGAGACACUUCCACCCGCGCUCCCUUUUGCGUGGGGAAGUGGAGUGUCUACCUUGGGCCGGCGUUUGAUCCUGAGGCCAUAAUCGUCCAGGAAGACGAGAUCUCGGAGGUGAGCACCACCGCAUCAAUGCCCGUGUUUUUUAAGCCAAGAAAGGGCUUCCCUACAAGGCACAACUUCAGCCAUAAAGGAAUCAAAAUCACUAUGUGUAACACCAUGAAUUGGAGCCUUGAAAAAACCAUUGAGUGUGAAAAGAGUAGGCCCAAAACUCGUAAGCUUCGAACGAGGAAAGAGAGAAGCAUCCACUGAACACUUCAAAGGUGAAUGAUUUGAUGCUUCAAUGAUAAGGGGACAACGACAUCAUGAUUCCAAAGGGCAUCGUUCUGAUUCCUCCACAAACACCAUAUCGCCCAAGCAAUCCGCUGGAGAUCCGUUGUGGAAGCUGUAACCAGAAUCUGCUGGAACCACGGAGGAAAACCAGUGGCGGACGACCGAUUCCCCCCAACACUAGAAGCUGCCAACAGAAUUAGCAAAGGGGCAAGAGAGAAAAAUGUGUUCAAUCGUUUCCUCCGUAAAACCACAUACUGGACAAAGAGAGAUCAACUCCAAACCUUUCGAAAUAAGGGCGCACGAUGUUGGGAGAAUCCCACGAAUCGCUCGCCAAAGACAAACCCGGACUUUUGGUGCAACAUGAAUUUUCCAAAGUCUUCUCCAACAAAAAAAGGAUGGAUCUGCCGAAGCUUCCCCCAUGACUUUUAGAUAGCCAUCUCUAACUGUGUACUCACCCCGAACUCCCCCCUUCCAGAAGCAAGUAUCAUCUGAGUGGAUGUUGUUUUAGAAAUUCAACCAACAAAAAAAAAGGAAGAAUAGGAGAAGUCGGCAUUGGAUAGAAGAUAAGAUGAAGAAUGUUGAAUAGGAACAAUGGAGAAUGAAAAUGGUAGCAGAAGGAGAAAACCGCAGGGGCGCCCCCGCUCGACUCUGACCUCCCAAUGUUCUCCUUGUCCACCUCCGCUGGUCUUCAAAUCACCAAUUCACCGUUCAUAGCCCAGGUAUACUGUUUUGCUUUCAAUUUUGAUUCCCCUCCUUGAAAAAAAAACCUAAUUCUAUGAGUAUUUAUAUUUAGCAUGCCGGGGAGCAUCCCACAUGCCCUUGCCAUGUAAUCAAAAUGACAUCUUCACUGUUUUUGCAGGGUAAGACUUCUUCCAUUUUGACCUUCAAAAUCCAACAUUUUGAGAUUAUAUUGAGUUGUUCUUGUUGGCUUUUCAAAGCAUUUCAUUUGGACUUUAGCCUAAACCCAUUCUCUUCUUAAAAUUCUUCAUGAGUAUGCAGUGUUUUUUUUCCUUUUAGCUUUGGCUUCCAUUAUGGAUUUCUCUCUGAGCCCAGCCUUCUAAUUGGACAACUAAAGGUCUUUCUAUGGAUUUCUAUUCUUGACGCCUCCUUUAUCUUGAUGCUGUAUUUUUAUAUGACUGAACUUUUUUAGUGGUGUUUAUUUUCUAUAUGUUCAUCCAUUUGAGAAGUUCACUUUCUUCCUCAUGUAGUAAUUUUAUUUUCUAUGUUUCACACUCUGUUGGUCCUAUGCAAUGUACCUUAUAAUGUUUUGCUUUAUUUUAUGUUUGUUUAUCAUUUGGGCCAUUGCAACCUUGACUAACCAGAAGGACUUCAGUGUCUAGCCUAUGCUUCACUCAAUGAUUCAUUUCUCUUGUGGAGACAUUUACACUAUGUUUGGUUCAAGACAUUUGGAAGGAAAAGAAAAGAAAACAAUUUUCUCUUAUUUUCCUCACCAAAGUACCAAAGUGGGAGGAAUUAGGU